CAUAAUUUAAAGUUCAGAGGAUCUACUAGCCUGUCAAAGCGGUCCAUGCCAUGAUACAAGAAAAACUCUGAACUUCUGGGACUUGACCAUGACGCCAGGAGCCGAGGUACUGCAGGAUCGUGCAAUGACGUCAGCGUCCUAGGAAAAGAGAAUUGAGGGCGGUACCAGGUCGAGCUUCCGCUGGCGACCUCAGUUCCCCAGCGCGUGUAAAACUACAAUUCCCAGAAAUCAAGCGAGGGUCGUCCAAGCUCAAUUCUUCAAAUAUUUCCAUUGGCUCUCGAUGGCUGCUGGCGACCAAUUAGAUGUGAGCUCCUUGGCGGAAGCCAAAAUGGCCGUGCUUCCGGGCUAGAGAAGUGACUUCCGCCGGGUGUGAGUCUGUUGUGGCUGAGGUUCUUCGACCAAAGACAGCAGUUGGGAAGAGGGGCUGGAGAAAAAAGGGAAGCUGGGAUGGCGAGAACGUGUGGGGAGAAAGUCAGGGGACCCCUGCACUGAGGGGCUGCUGCUGACAGCCAGAGCCGGCUUAACACCUUGCUGCCUGGUCAGUCCCAGUUUCAGAGCUGCCCCAUUCUGGCGCUGGCUGCUGGACGAGAAGCGGGAAGAGCCCGUGGGUGACCCCACCCCCGAAACUAGGCGAGCCUCGUCUCCCGGGUUUUGACUCGGCUUCCCUUGUCCCCACCGCCUUAGCGUGGAGCCAUGAAGGUUGUGAAUCUCAAGCAGGCCAUCCUGCAGGCGUGGAAGGAGCGAUGGAGCGAUUAUCAGUGGGCUAUCAACAUGAAGAAGUUCUUCCCCAAGGGAGCCACUUGGGACAUCCUCAAUCUGGCAGAAGCCCUGCUGGAGCAAGCCAUGAUCGGACCGUCCCCCAACCCUCUUAUUCUGUCGUACCUGAAGUACGCCAUCAGCUCCCAGAUGGUGUCUUACUCGACAGUACUCACGGCCAUCAGCAAGUUUGAUGAUUUUUCCCGUGACCUCUGUAUCCAGGCCCUGUUGGAUAUCAUGGACAUGUUUUGUGACCGACUAAGUUGUCAUGGCAAGGCAGAGGAGUGCAUAGGUCUGUGCCGUGCCCUCCUCAGUGCCCUUCAUUGGCUGCUUCGAUGCACAACUGCCUCAGCAGAGCGACUUCGGGAGGGCCUUGAGAUGGGGGCCACAACAGGGGAGAAACAACUCACCAUGUGUCUUCAGCAACUUAAGAAGAUCCUCAGCAGCACCAAGAAUCGAGCCCUGUUACAUAUUGCCAAACUGGAGGAAGUCUCCUCCUGGACAGCCAUUGAGCAGUCACUAUUGAAGCUUGUGGAGACCUUUGCCAGCCUUAGCAACUCCCAUCUCCAGAGUCAAGCCGAAGAGUGUGGAGCACUCAUUAGAAGCAUCCCCAUCAUGCUGUCUAUGCACUCAGAGCAGCUGCACAAGACUGGGUUCCCCACAGUGCAUGCUGUGGUCCUCCUGGAGGGCACCAUGAAUCUGACAGGAGAGAUGCAGCCAUUGGUUGAACAGCUGAUGAUGGUGAAGAGGAUGCAGCGUAUUCCCACCCCUCUCUUUGUCCUUGAGAUCUGGAAAGCUUGUUUUGUGGGUCUCAUUGAAUCCCCUGAGGGCACUGAGGAGCUCAAGUGGACAGCCUUCACUUUCCUCAAGAUUCCUCAGGUUUUGGUGAAACUGAAGAAAUACCCUCAGGGGGACAAGGACUUCACUGAGGAUGUCAGUUGUGCCUUUGAGUUCCUGCUGAAGCUCACACCCUUGCUAGACAAGGCUGACCAUCGGUGCAACUGUGACUGUAUCAACAUGCUACUCCAGGAGUGUAGUAAACAAGGACUGCUCUCUGAGGUGAACAAAGAGAGCCUGAUGGCCAAGCGUGUAGCUGACCGAGACCAAUCCCCUUGGUUGAAAUCAGCUGAAAAUGCCAACAUCCAGCCCAAUCCAGGGCUGAUUCUUCGAGCAGAGCCCACAGUCACUAACAUUCUCAAGACAAUGGAUGCAGAUCACUCCAAGUCCCCAGAAGGACUGUUGGGGGUUCUUGGCCACAUGCUUUCUGGGAAGAGCCUGGAUUUGUUGUUAGCUGCUGCUGCCGCCACUGGAAAACUCAAGUCCUUUGCCCGAAAAUUCAUUAGCUUGAAUGAAUUCACGAAGAACAUCAGUAAUGAAAACUCCCUGGGCCAGCAAGGCUUCUCCUCGCUUCUGUGUCUACUCCCUACAGCCAAAGCAGCUUCAGUCCGUGCUCUGCUCUUUGACAUCUCCUUCCUCAUGUUGUGCCAUGUGGCCCAGACCUAUGGUUCAGAGGUCAUUCUGUCAGAAUCCAGCACUGUGGGUGAAGUGCCUUUCUUUGAGACCUGGAUGCAGACGUGUAUGCCUGAGGAGGGCAAGAUCCUGAAUCCUGACCACCCCUGCUUCCGGCCUGACUCCACCAACGUGGAAUCCCUGGUUGCCCUGCUCAACAACACCUCUGAAAUGAAGCUAGUGCAGAUGAAGUGGCAUGAGGCCUGUCUCAGCAUCUCAGCUGCCAUCUUGGAGAUUCUGAAUGCCUGGGAGAAUGGAGUCCUGGCUUUUGAGUCCAUCCAGAAAAUCACAGACAACAUCAAGGGAAAGGUGUGCAGCCUGGCAGUGUGUGCUGUUGCUUGGCUUGUGGCCCAUGUGCGUAUGCUAGGCCUGGACGAACGUGAGAAAUCAUUGCAGAUGAUUCGACAGCUGGUAGGGCCUCUCUGCAGUGAGAAUACCCUGCAGUUCUACAGUGAGAGGGUGGUGAUCAUGAGCUCAAUUCUGGAGCACAUGUGCGCAGAUGUUCUACAGCAGACAGCCACACAGAUCAAAUUCCCAUCUACCGGCAUGGAUACAAUGCCCUAUUGGAACCUCCUGCCCCCCAAAAGACCUAUCAAGGAGGUGCUGACAAGCAUCUUUGCAGAGGUUCUGGAGAAGGGCUGGGUGGAUAGCCGGUCCAUCCAUGUCUUUGACACCCUGCUGCAUAUGGGUGGUGUUUACUGGUUCUGCAACAACUUGGUCAAGGAGCUGCUGAAGGAGACUCGAAAGGAGUAUACCCUUCGAGCUGUGGAGCUGCUAUACUCCAUCUUCUGCCUAGACAUGCAGCAAGUCACCCUGAUACUGCUGGGCCACAUCCUUCCUGGCCUUCUCACAGACUCUUCCAAAUGGCAUAGCCUCAUGGAUCCCCCAGGCACAGCCCUGGCCAAGCUGGCAGUGUGGUGUGCCCUGAGCUCAUACUCCUCUCACAAGGGGCAGGCAUCUUCCCGACAGAAGAAAAGACAUCGUGAGGACAUUGAAGACUACAUCAGCCUCUUCCCCCUGGAUGAUACACAGCCAUCAAAGCUGAUGCGACUUCUGAGUUCCAAUGAGGAUGAUGCCAAUGUUCUCUCUAGCCCCACUGAUAGGUCCAUGAGCAGUUCUCUCUCAGCCUCUCAGAUGCACACAGUCAAUAUGAGAGACCCUUUGAACCGAGUCCUUGCAAACCUGUUCCUGCUCAUCUCAUCGAUCUUGGGGGCCAGGACGGCAGGCCCUCACACCCAGUUUGUUCAGUGGUUCAUGGAGGAGUGUGUGGACUGCCUGGAGCAGGGCAGCCGAGGCAGCAUCCUGCAGUUCAUGCCUUUCACCACUGUGUCGGAAUUGGUCAAAGUGUCAGCCAUGUCCAGCCCCAAGGUGGUUCUGGCCAUCACGGACCUCAGUCUCCCUCUGGGCCGACGGGUGGCUGCCAAAGCCAUCGCUGCACUCUGAGAACGUGGUGGAGGUGAAGUACUUUUCUUUUGGGGGGGGUUACAUUUGAGGAAUGAAGGAAACUGAGGAACAGAGAGAGCAGAAGGAGAGACUGAGCAGCUUAGAGACCAAGGCACUCUCCUGUGUGAUGACUGAUUAUUGAUCAGGGAGGACUUUCUGCAGAAACAGUGUCUCCUUUGAGACACUGUGUGUCCUCUGUCCAUCCUUCUCUGUCCCUGGUUCAUUUCCCAUUCCUCUCCUUGCCACGAAUUUCCAUUUCUUCUUCUGGUGGCUGCCUUGAGCAUCGGUGCUUCUGUGGGCCUCCAUUGCCAGAUGAAUAAAGUCCCAUUCCUCAGGGA